AAAACUCCGCCACGAUCUCAUCUCUUUCACUCAAACUACGAUGGACGAAGACAUACGACAACGUUUCCAACAAGCAGAGGACACCCUCAUUGAUGCAAUCUCGCUUGGCGAAAACUCCUUGAUGUCGUUUGAGUCAUCCUGGAGUUUGUUGCACGCAGAUUUUUCCCGUUGUGUAGAGGCAGGAGAACUAUCCGACGACACUAUAUCAGUUGUCAGCAUGGUGUCCUCCAGGGUUGCUAUCAUCGCGAACUGCUUCUCUGAUUUACACAAAACACAUGAAGAAUUAAGGAAACAAAAUCUCGAUAGUCUAGGGAGCAUUCUAGACCGCCUCAAUCGUGUCACCAUUUCACCUCCAUCAAUGCUCACAGAACAAAAUCCACAAUCACCGGAAUCUUCCUUACCCCCAUUCAUCGAACCAGCAUACAAAUGGCUGCUCGCUAACAUUCAUAACCCUUAUCCAUCUUCUGAUACGAAAGCAAGUAUUGCUAGGAGCUCUGGAUGUUCCUUGAACUCCGUUUCUGUUUGGUUCGUCAGCGCUCGCCGUCGCAUCCACUGGACGACCAUUUGCCGCAAACAUUUCAACAACUGCCGAGCUGAUGCCAUCGACGCUGCUUCUCGUGCCCUGGUCAAAGAAGACCCUUCCCGUGUCCUUCCACACACAAUCUGCCACGACUUCCUGCAGAUGAAGGUUGACGCACAGAACCUUUAUGCGUCUACUUUCACCAAGAGCGCGCUUGCAGGUGAACUUGACGCAGUGGUCAAGGAUAUGACGGAAGAGGACAGGUUGCGAUUGGAGCGGGAGAAGAAGGAGCACGCAAAAGAAGAAAAGAAUCGACGCGAGGAAGAGAAGGAGAUGCGGAGAACGCAAAGAGCGCUUGAUAGGCAGGCCCAAAAGACGCUUCCAGCUUUUGCUUCAUACCCAUCUCCCAGUUAUUCACGUUCUCCAUCUCCAGUUCCCACUCUCGAGGAAUCGUGGACAGACGAGAGUGAAGACGAGGAAGAUGAUAUCAAUCCACCCAUUCUCGCUGGUCGGAAACGGCGUGCCUCUGUGUCGUUUGAAUCAAAUGAUUCGAUAGAGCCUCUAUGUGUGGAUCGACCGAUGAAACGCCUCCGGUCUAGUGCGAAAGUCCCGACCCCCUUUGCGGAGACUCCUGCCUUGCCGUCUCCGCCAUCAAGUAGCAAUGGUUUGGACGGCAACGAUGAAUUCGAAAUUAUGGCACUUUCUCGACCGUCUUCAGAGCCUUCACGAAAGCGAAGGUUAUCAGAUGCCGAUGCCGAUGCUCACGCUGGGCCCAAGCGUCCGAGAGGUCUCCUCGUGGGACCUCGUGUUCAUGCUGUAUCUGAUCCUCUUCCGAGAUCUUCCGCUCCUCUCGAGUCAGGCAUCGAUGACUGGUUCCACACGAACUUCUUCGAGAUUCCUGGUCCAGUCGAGAACGUUGGUUUCGAUCAACUUGCGCCCCUCGACAUUGAAGUCUUUAGCGGAUACACAUUCCCUGAAACGCAAUCUAUUUCAUUCCAACAGCCCACUCAGCAAGAUUUCGUUCAGCCCACCCUGGUAGACCUUCCAUUGUUCGACGGACAGGUCGCUAAUUUGGAAGUUCCUUCCCACGCCUCCCUUUCCCCUUCUCUCGAUCACCUGGACAAUUUGCUUGACGUGUUAUCUACAUUUGCCCCUGAGAAUUCCGGCGAGGCAGUUCCAGCUUCCACCGGAUUCGACACCAUAUCUCAACCCUCUAUCAACCUUAUGAACCCCGUGCCUUCUGAUGAUUUUAUCUGGACAAAUCUCUUGAAUCCUGACCAACCCUUCCCGUCCGACAUGGAUCAAUUCUCACUGCCAUCGUCUUGCGAUCCCUUCCCACAAAUAUUACCAGAGAUUGAUCUCUCUGCGCUCCAGCUCCCCCCGUUGUUAUUUACUACGCCACAACCUGUGAUUUCCUCACCUGUUGAUUGUGCUCGCUUGGCGAAGCUGGAGCAACUCCAGCUUCUAAGAGAGCACGCACGGCUACUGGAGCAGGAACUAGCGGUGUCUGUGUAAGUGUUCUCGUUCUUUGUUCGCUGCUUUGUUUGCUGAUUCCGGAGUUAGAUGAUCGUCAAUAUGCUCUCUUUGUUCGUGCUGUCCAUAUGCUUUAUGCGGUCUACAUAUUAUUAUUCAUAUCAUAUCAUAUCUCAUCAUCGUGCACAUCGCACAUUGCAUAACAUACCCUACAUCAUGUCUCAGACAAUCACGCAUUUGCAUAUGUUGUUCUUUUGUUGUAGUUUGUUCUCCUUCGCUUUUCAUUGCUCUGUAUGUACCGGAAUCAAUCGAAACAA